GCGUGUAGGACACUACGCUAUAUAAUAUCGCCUAUUUUUCUUUUUCUUUUUUCUUUUCCAAAAUUGUCUGACUGGUUCUAACCAAAAAACGUGGGAGCUGACUUUGGAAAAGAUAUUUUGUUUGUACUUUACAUCUAGAGUGAAAGGAACUAAGGGAUUAAAUUAUCGAGGGAAGUCUAAGCGUUUAGCUGUGUCUUGUUUCAUUUCCUGCAAAAUUCAUACGUAAUGAGAUUUUUGGCCAACUGCCGCUUUUCAUGCGGCACUUGGACUCAGCGUCCAUUACGAAAUGUUCGCUUUGGGGAGUUGUCUGACUUUUCGCAUUCUUGAUCUUCUUCUGCAUCAUCAAUCAUUAGUGUAGAGAGUUCCAGGUUUUCUUUUGCCAUAUCUGUGUUUGGAGUUGUUGCGGUCAGAGCUGGAAUUUCUCUUCAAAUUCAAACCGACUUUACUACAGCUACGGAAGAAAGAUUUCUUCAGCCUUGACGAGAAGUCCUGUAGUGAAAGUCCGGGGUAAUUUAUUUUGGAUCCCUGCCGGCAUUUGGAAUGCGAUAAUUGCCCAGGUGUCAUCAUGGAUUUUCGAAUCAGCUUGGAUUACAUAGUGGAGAAUCCGGAUUACACGAAGAAAUUGGCAAACGCUUUGAACACAUCAAAUGUAUCCGUUAAAAAGCAAUUUUUUGAGUUAUUGGGGGCUCUGUGUGUCUACAAUGCAGAAGGCUACCAAAGAGCUUUGGAAACACUGGAACAUUACAAAAUUUCCAUAAAUGGAAGAUAUCGUUUCAAAGUUGUCGUAGAAGAGUUGCACAAUUCAACAGACUUGGAAUAUCUGACUGCUGUCGUUGCUUUUGUGAACUGUACCAUAAUAUCAGCGAAGUCUCUGAAAGAUAGAAUUCGCAUUCGAAACGAGUACAUCGGUUUAAAGAUUUUGGAUGAAGUUUCUAAAUUAAGAUCAAGAUUUUCAGAUAGCCCUGAAUGUGAUUUGUUAGUUCAAUUGGAUAUCUUCGACGAGCAUAAAUAUUCAGAUGAAAGCCAACUAGUUGGACCUAAUGGAGUGGAUCUAAACAGUCAUCAAGAUGUUUUCUAUGCCAUACUCAGACAGGUGACUGAGACUCCUCUGGAGAUACCGUUUCUUAACAUUCUACAGCAUCUUCUUCGGGUGGAUACUUCCUUGCCAGUUUCCGAUAUAAUCUGGGAUGCUGCAGAAAAGCUAGUGCAUCGUGCAACUCUUUGCGAAACCAAAGAAGACACUGAAAAACUCCUCAAGACACCAAGCUACCAUCACAGUUUGAAUAAACUGCUCAGAGGGCUUCAAGAAACUGGAGGCCGUUGUCAGUGUUCCUGUCAUAAUAAUGGAGAAAAUACGUGUGUCACCAUGGAAGGGCGAACCCGAAAGCGAACACCUUUACAACUGUCUUUUGGUACGACAGACGGAUCAAGGACACCGGGUAUACUUAGUCCUGCCAAUUCAUCGAUGGCUUUCAGUCCUGAACUUUUGGCAUCCCUCUCCAGAGCAAUUUCACCUCCUCCAAGAGUUCCGCCGGCUCCUCCACCUCCACUUAAUGCUGGAGCUCCACCUGCACCACCACCACCUCCACCUCCGCCUCCCCCUCCUCCAGGAUCCAAUGCAACUUUGCCACCACCUCCUCCUCCGCCUCCAGCACCCCCUGGUCUCCCACCACCACCUCCACCUCCUCCAGGAACUAUGCCCAGUACAACCGUGAAACCCUCAACUCCGACCGCAGAAUCUCAAGCAGUAAAGCUCCCUCAACAGUUUACUCCCAAGCCAAAAAACAAGAUGAAAUCCUUAAACUGGACAAAAAUUCCAAGUAACAAGGUUGUAGGUAAAAAUAAUUUGUGGUCGCUUAUUGCAAAAGCUCACGAUGGAAGCCCGAACGACUUGGACUUCGAAACCAUUGAAGGUUUAUUCUGCCAGCAGAGUACGAUGCUCAAUGGACAAGCGUCACCAAGGCUAGGAAACAGAUCUGACAAGAAUGGAAAAGACAGCUUGGAUAGAAAAAAGAGAGAAUCCUCUGAG